GCCGUCAGUCACUUGCGCGCCGCGCACUCGGCAUCGGCGUGACGAGAGCGAACGCAAUUCGGGAGAUAAACAGAGUGCGGCGUGUGCGGUGGUUACAAGAGAGAGCGCGCGUCCAACAGCCAUGUCGUCGCCGAAUAAGAAGGCCAAGGAGCUGGAGGAUCCGGGCUCGGGCGAGGGAGACGCGCGCGAGUACGACAUCGAGAUACAGAAGACCCUCGAGGAGAUCGACGGCUGUCAGAAUCAAAUCGAUGGCCUGAAUGAGAAGGCCAGCGACGAGAUCCUCGAAGUCGAGAAGAAGUAUAAUAAGCUGCGGAAGCCCUACUUCCAGAAGCGCAACGACAUCAUCAAGAGGAUACCCAACUUCUGGGUCACCGCUUUUGUAAACAACAAAGAAAUAGCAGAAAUCCUGGAGGAAGAUGAGGAAGAUGCACUGAGAUUCCUAAACAAAUUAGAAGUUGAAGAGUUCGAAGAUAUCAAAUCUGGCUAUAGAAUUAAUUUUUAUUUUGAUGAGAACCCAUAUUUUGAAAAUGAUGUUUUAACUAAGGAAUUUCACCUAGGAUCUUCUGGAGAUCCAGCAUCUCAAAGUACAGCCAUUCGUUGGAAAGAGGGUGCGGAUUUAACAAAGAGAGCAAAAACCAAAGCACCAUUGAAAGGGCGUAAGAGGCCACUCAAACAUAGGUCAUUUUUCGACUGGUUCACGGAUCAUGGAGAUCCAAGUUCAGACGAGAUAGCUGAACUAAUUAAAGAUGAUAUGUGGCCUAAUCCAUUGCAGUAUUACCUGGCCCCAGAUAUUGAUGUUGAGAAUGGUAUCGAAGGUGAUGGUGAAGAAUGUGAAAGCGAAGAAGAGGAAGAAGAGGAAGAUGGUGUGGAUGAUGGUGAUGAAGGAGGAGAAGGAGAGGAAGGAGAUGACAGUAUAGUCGUAGUCGAAGAUGACGUAGAUGAGGAUGAUGAUGAGGAGGAGGCUGUGAAUGAUGAAGACGAUGGUGUAAAUGAAGAGGAUGAUUUAUUGGUAGAUGACGAAGUAGAUCGCGAAGAGGGCGAAGAACCUGAAUAGAGUCAGAUUUCUAACACCAUAUUUCACAGUGAAAAGAAAAAAUGAAUGAAAUUGUGUGCACUAAAUCAAUCGAGAGCAGAGAAAGUUUACUGAACUGAAAAUAUGCCAUAUGAAUAAAUCUCAGGACACAUUUCUUUUUUUAUAUAUAUAAUAUAUAAUAUAGAUGUAUGAAAAAAUAGAGGGAGACAGAGAAUAUUUAGGGAAUCUAGACCCUUUCAAUUGAGAACCUAUGUAUAAAAAUACAACAUUUGUUAAGAUAUAUUGAAAAUGGUUUAAAAGGAAAGGGUCUGGAUUAAAUUAGAUAGGUUCCACUCUUGCACUAAAUCUAAUCAGAACGUAACAAAUUCUUCCUCAGUUAUAUUCAUAUGGCCUAGUCGUCGUUCUCAUAAAAAAAUGUGCGACAGGAAAAUAUCCACCUGGUUCUUAAUAUUGUGGAUUCAUCGAUAAGUUAAGAUAAAGUAGAACGAGACACUAGGUGGGGAGUUCCAAUUUAUUGCUUUCUCAUGAAAAUUAUUCUUUAGGUAUGACUUCCAGAGCGAGGUGUCAUAAGUAGAAUUUUUGAGAGUGACAACUGUAUCUUUUGCACAUAAAGUACACAAAUUUUUACAUCA